AUGUAUUAAAUCGUAAAGGAGAUUUUGCAGAAUUUGGACGUCAGCGUCUUUUCGGAACCAUAAGUUGCGGAAUUUCAAUAGCCUUGCUUGGAUUUCUGAUAGAUAGAUUGAAUUCACUUUAUGUCAUGUUUUUCACGUUUGGAUUUUUCAUGGGACUAUUUUUAUUAGUUAUAUAUUUAACACCUUUGGGAGACUUUAGGAUAGAUCAUCAUGAUGAAUUAAUUGCAGACGAUAUAGAAGUAUUAAGCCUCGAUCAAUUCGAACAUACGCAAAAUGAAACACCCACACAAGUUGCAGAUACAAUCAUCAUGGCAACAGCACCAACACCUUUCAUAAAAGCGGUCUCUCAACUUAUCACAAAGCCACGGUUAUUAUUAUUUCUUUUCGUAUUGCUUUCGACGCACACGGUGAAAACGGCAACAUCAACGUUUCUUUAUAUAUUUUUGUCAGAGGACCUUAAAGCCGAUGCUUCUUUGUUGGGAUUAAGUUCCUUCGUAGGAGUAACUCUUGAGAUAGUAGUUUUUUAUUUUGGGAAACACGUCUUAGAAUUUACUUUUCCAGAAGUCAUUGUUGUGGCAGCAGGAAUUACAACCACACUUAGAGUUGCGUUGUACGCGUUUUUUGGUACAACUAUGGAUCCUUGGUUAUCUCUCCCGAUCGAGACGCUCCAAGGAAUUGAGUUUGCAUUAGUAAAGCCAGCAUCUUUAGAGAUUAUUUCACAAGUAUCACCACCAAGAUUGAGGGCUACAGCACUUGGUAUACUUGCAGCCACAGAAAGUUUGUCUUCAG